UAUAUCAAUUAUAGAAACACACGAAGUAUAGCAAAUAGAGUAUUACCACUUUGUUGUUUUUACUACAAAAACAAAAAGUAUGAAAUUACAAUUAAGAUAUGGGAAAGUUACUGAACGAGCGGAGUUAAAUAGCGAAAAUCCAACCUUAAAAAUAUUAAAGGAAGCUGCAGCGGCCUGCUUCAGGCUGCCCCCAGUGUCAUUUUAUCCAAGUCUAAAUGGAAAAGAUGAACUUAAAGGCGAUGACAACACUUUGCUAUCCUCUUUUGACAUUGUUUCUGGCGAUCGGAUCUUCAUUGUUGAAAGAAACCAAAGAAAACGAGAGGAGCCCAUGCAGCAAAAUUUCAAACCAGUGAGCGAAAAACAAUCCAGAACAUCAGAAAUUCCAUCAGUAUCGUCAUCUUCAUCGAAAGAGGAAAAGAUGGCGACUGACAAGAAUCUGUCUGGAACAAUUGAUCCAGCUGCAAAUGCUGAUGGCCAUUUUGAAUGUAUUUCCUUUGAACCAAUGGUAAUAAGGGACUCCACAGAUGACUUACUGCCAUUGAGGUUAAGAACUCUCUUUGAAAGUGAAAUGCCACAGGACGAGCAUGAGGUUUUAGUUUUGAUUUGUCAUGUUCUUCUUCUGGAAACAGGUUUCAAUAUCGAGGUAACUACUGCAAGUGGUGGAGAGAGCAAUAGAGGGAAUGAAGCCACUACAUUAUUAGCCAGUUGGAGGGAUAAGGGAGCGUACAAACUCACAUAUUCACAUGACCACUGUGAAGAAGCCACAAUGACAAUGGCGUGUGUUCCCAUGUCAAGCUUACUGGUUGUACAUGGUAAAUUGACAGGUACGGGGAGUGCGGUUACACCCCUUCAGCUUCGAUCUGCAGACUAUAUUGGUCAGGUUGUUCAAGGUUUUCCAUCCACAUGGAAUCAGUUGGCAUCCUUAUCCCGGAUCUUCAAGGAUAAAUUUGCUCAUUCUGUCUUAGCUGCUAUGAGGCAGAAACUGAACUUACCUGUUCUGUAUGGAUUUCUUGCUCUCAUGCCUGAGAUUCAGCUGAAAAUACUUAGUUUUCUCAACAUGCCAGACCUUAUCUCACUGUCUACUGUCUGCAAACAUCUGUGCAGUCUUGCUAAUGAUAGCACCCUUUGGAAGCGAUUAGUACUGAAGGACUUUAAAGUGAGCAAGACGACUACCACCGGAAAUUGGAAACAUCUCUACAUUCAGAAUUAUCUUUACAAGCUGGAAAUUGAGAGAACUAGACGAAGGACUUUGAAUCAGGAUGACCCUAUUCGAGGGUUUCCUCCCACGUUUGGUUUAGUGCCACAAUAUCCGCAACCAUUCCCAAAUGCUUUCCCAGGAAUCAGAGGUGGUGAUUAUGAUCUCAACCCCUUUUCGCAAGCACCCAGUAGCCUCUUCAACCCACGAGGUAUUGGCUCAUUACCAAACGCGGGGUCCGUUCCCGGAGCAAGGUUUGACCCAGUUAGUCCGUUUAAUGACCCAUCGCAUAGACCAGGACGAGGUGGAGGGCUGAGAGAUACGUCACACAACAGAUUAAACUUUGGUGGAGGGUUCUUUUAAGGUGAAAAUUAAAUGAAUACCUGCGUUGGAUUGCUAUACGUGAUCUAUGAUUGGUCUUAACGCUUAGUUGGCUGUAUUUACAGACGAUUGCUAUUCCUAUAAAUAUCAAAUGAUUUUCCUUCUCAAAAGUACAUAUAGCCACAACAUGUAUGACCCACAAAAAUCAGUAAUAACAUGUGUUUGCUGUAAGAACAGCUAUAGAAACUUUACUGUUUUUAGUUUUGCCAAUGAGCUUUAAAUGUGUGUGUGAUAAGAUUUUAAACAUACAACAAGUAUGCGCAUUGGCAAUCAAGGAGCAUAGUUGCUAUGGUGUGCUUAUUUGUAUUUUUAUAAUCAACGUGGUUAUUAUGACUACCUGUUUAAAACCAAUUUAUAGCAAUCCACCCAAGGGCUUUUAUCAUUAUUGAUACACACUGUCUGAUGGGCUAAAUAAAAUAACAUUUAAUAUUUGAGUUGCUCUAUUUUAUUAAGUUAUUAGUUUCAAGUUGGAAACCAGAGUAUUAUUAAUGACACUGCUCCUGUAUAGUGUUUUUUUGCGCACUGAGACCCUUGUAAGGGGCACUUUUUACAAAUAUUGUGAAAUUAUUUAUUUUUUGUCUUGACUAUCAAAUUCUAUUUUACAAAAACAUGUGACAUGCAUAAAUAUGGUCACGAUGACAUCACAUAAUGACCAUAUAUAGACACAUCAUGACUAAAUAUGGCCACACAGCAGUAUUUUGUCAAAGAAAAUUUGAUAGUUUGGACAGAGCUUUAAAUUGGCUGACCACCCAUUUAAGUAUUUUCUUAGUACUGUAGGUAAUCUUUCAGACUUUAAAAAGUAAAUCACAGAGCACAAAGUAACUUAACAAUUUAUAUAUUCUCUACGCAUAACUUUAUUUAUACCAUCAUAACCAUACUUACUACUUCUAAUACUACUACUUUUAGGAUAAUGUUUUAGGCCUUUAUCUUGCAUAGUAAAAAAAAAUUACAAACUUCUGCAUUAUUUAAACACAUACUACAUAAUAUGUAAGCUGUUGUUGAUCAAUCACUUAAUAAAUAUAAAAAAAAACCAAA